AUGCGUUCCCUGUUAUUUAAAAAAAAAACAAAAUACAAUUUUAACAUCUUUAUGAAUGCUUAUUUUUCUGGUUUAAUUAAUCGAGAACAAAAUAAUAAAAUCACUGGAAAUGUAAUUAAGUUUGAUAAAAGAAAAGGAUACGGAUUUAUAAAGCCCAAUGAUGGAGGACCGGAUGUGUUUGUUCAUUAUACAGAGAUCUGCCAGAAUAGAAGUUUUUCAGUAACAAGUGAAGAAAAAAAAAAAUUGGAAUGGCAAUCUAACACAAAUUUAAUGAACAAAAAAGACGAAUUUAAUUAUGAACAUGAUACCCAAAAAAAAAAAGAAAUUCAAAAUGAAUUUAAAUAUUUAAUACCAGGAGAAAGAGUUAAAUUUCAUGUUGUUUAUGACCAAAAAAAUAAUUCAAGUAAAGCAAUAAAUGUUGAGUUUAUUGAUUGA